GGUUGACGUUUCAUGUUUUAUCCGAGGGAAUUGGGGCGAAAUCAAAUUUAUUGUAAAUACGUUUUGUAGUUAAUUAAAACCUUAAAAAUUCUUAACUUUCAACGAAGAAAAAUGCCGUCGAUGAAAGUGGAAGGUGAUAGCGAUGGAGACGGGGAUAUGUCGGGGGGUGAUACGGAGAGGUCUGGGGGUUCUUCCAGGGGCCCGGACCGUGACUCCAGCGCUGAGGAAGCCGACGAACCAGACUCUGAUGACUCCUCCGAGAUGGAUGAGAGCGAAUGCGAACGGAGGAGAAACGAAUGCUUGGACCACUUAGCUAACCUAGAGAGGCAGUUCACAGUUCUUCGAGAGCAGCUAUACAAUGAAAGAAUGAAGCAUGUUGAAUACCAACUUUCUGAAGUGCGUGGUGGAAGAUCCCAAGAGUACCUUGGGCCCCUGCACCGCUUGCAAGAGAAUAUGAGAGUUAGGAUUGAGGUGGCCGGUAUCCUGAAGCAAAUGAGAAUCGAGAACAUUAAACACAAGUACGAGGCAGAGGAACAGGCCGCUCAUCAGAAUUUUAGGAGUGAAAAAUGGUUAUCGUACGAAUCGCUAAAAGAAGAAAUCUUAGAGAAAAUAAGGAAAAUAGAAGAAGAGAGACACACUGUAGACCUCUGGCCGUGCAACGAGGUGUGGGGAAGAAAAAGGAGACGUAGACAGGUGGCGGUGUCACCCCCAUACGUGGUGUACAUGCUCCCCGACUCCGACAUCAUGGAGGACUGGAGACUGGUCAGAAAGCUGCUGGAGAGAGGCGACUGAUACUGGUGGGCGUAGGGUUUGUAAGUAAAUUAUUGAUUGGGUGAAUGAUAGAAGUAUUCUUAGGGACAUUCAUGUUAAAUGCAUUGCUCGCGACAACAUUCUCCGACGCAAAAACGCGCAGAGUUCAAAACAAGUUUGAACAUAUUUCAAAGAAGUUUCACAUUUCGUAAACGAUCAACGUUUUCGUGAAACCGACAAUAUUUUCUGAAGCAAAUGUAAUGCGUUGCUAACUCGCUACACUUGCAGACUUUACCCGUAACACAAAUCAGGAAAAUUUCGUAAACGAUAAACGUUUUCGUGAAGAUGACAAAAUUUUCUGACGCAAUAAAAUGUACACACGUACACUUUACCCCUAAAACAAGUUUGCACAUUUCGAAAACGAUCAACGUUUACGUGUAUUUUGAUAUCAUUUUAAUAAUUUCUGGUUACGCGAGACGGAAGUUUUAACUACUUAUAUUGUCUGUGACUUAGGAACAACGUUGUACAGCUCGCAAACGUUGAAUGUUUUCGAAAGUGAUUAAGUGUGAGGUUACUAUCAUAAUAAUUUUUGAAUUAAUUAAUUAUCUAUAAACUUGUCUGUGAUAGGCCUGUUUUAUUAAAGAAACGUUUUAUUAUGAUGUGAAUUAUUGAUAUCGAAAUAUUAUAAUGUCAGUGGACCUGGGCUUAUUGAAAGUGAAAAGAACAAUAUAUCGAAGGCAAAUUAAUUAUAAGUCAACCUUGGAGUGUGUAAAAGCAAAUGAAUAUCGGUUAGGCAGUGUUUUUAUUUAUGUAUGUACACUGUACUUUACUAUAUAAUACAACUAGCUGCUGCCUGCGACUUCGUCGGCUUUUGUUUUUGUUUUUCGAAAGACAAGUGCCUCAUAAAUGUGGCAGCACUUUAUGUAUUUAGGAUAGCUAAGCCUGUUGUAAAAUCAUCAUACACUUUCGUCCC